AUGCCUCAUGGAGUCCAUUGACUUCUACAAGCCAAACCAAAAACGAAACUACCAAGUAAACUUCCAAGUCUUCCACUGGACCAUACAACAAAAAUCAAACUCAAUUCAACCCAUUCUCAUCAAUUCAAGGGCACAAUAUGUGGUGUUUGGAAAAUCCCAAAUAUCAUACUAUCUUUGUGUGCUUCCUCAUGUAAGAGGUAUAUCUCUCUCUAUACCCCUGUUUUGAUCCUCCUCUAUUUCUUUAAUGGCAUUUCAUUAUCGAAGAUUACUUGUAUCACCAAUCCGUUGUAAUGAUAAUCAAAAUAGACGACCACCUCGAAAUCCUCCACCUUCUCCACCUUCUCCAUCUUCUCUACCUCCUCCUCUCCCCCCUCCACCUUCUUCCCCUCCUCCACUUUGUCCUCGUCAGUCUCCUGCUGAUCAUGUUUAUCCAUGUCCUCAGUCUCUUGCUUAUCCUCAACACCAUAAAAAUAAUCAAAUUUCACUAAUUUUGAUCAUAAUGUUAUGUCUUCUUGGUCUGGCCGUUCUUUUUGUUGGCUAUUUUCUUCUUGUUCUGAAGUACUUUUCAGACUUAACCAAUUCUAGGAGGAGGAAUUUUCCAAUAUUUGAGGAGACCCGUGAAGACUCUUUCGAUGAGGAUCAAGGUCCUGUUAUAGACCACCCCAUUUGGUAUAUCAACACUGUGGGCCUCCAACAGUCCAUUAUCGAUUCGAUUACUCUGUUCAAGUACAAAAGAGAUGAUAAGUUGAUUGAAGGAACUGAGUGUUCGGUUUGCUUGAAUGAGUUCCAAGAAGAUGAGUGUCUUCGGCUUUUGCCCAAGUGUAGCCAUGCCUUUCACAUCCCUUGUAUUGAUACUUGGUUGAGGUCGCAUAAAAAUUGUCCCUUGUGUCGCGCUCUCAUAGUCUGCGACACAAAUCAUGUUCAUGUGAGCACUGGGGAGCCAAAUUCGAGUGAUUUGGGAUCGAGGGAAGAGGAUGAUCGGGUUGAAAAUGUGGAAAAUUAUGGCGGGUUGGGAAGUCACGGAUUGGGAGAAGAUGAGACUAGUGAAACUAGAGUUGGAGCCGAAAGUUCCGGUGCGUUGCCAAUUGAAGAAGGGCCAAUUGCUGAGGCUUUGGAGAAAGAUUUACAUCAUUUUGGUACCAAAAGUUGUGGGGUUCGAGUCCUUAGUGAUCUGGCAGACCACAGGCCUAUUGUGGAACAAGAAUUACAACCUGUGAGGAGGUCAGUUUCAAUGGAUUCAUCUUCUGCUGCGACGAUUUAUCGUGCCAUGGCUAACAUUCCUCCGGUGGAACAUGAAGGGUGUUCGGGUACUAUGUCAGUACAAGAAAAGAAACCAAAUUUGGAGGUAGCUGCUAAGAGGGUGAACAAAAGUUCAAGCAAAUUCAGACUGAAUUCUUCAUUUGGGAGUUGUAUGCAGAAGGGGCAUGUUUCAAUGAAGCGAUCACUUUCGUCCGGUAGAAAAUUUUCGUCCGGUAGAAAGUACUUUCAAUCCAGGAUUAGUAGAAGCCAUGACUCAAUCCCACCACUCUGAACUUGAACCUCUCAUCUUCUCAUCAUUCUAGUUCGAGGUCAGAACACCAAUCACUGCUGUUACCGCGCUAAGAACAUGUCAACCAAAGUUACAGCAGUCCUUCCUUUUACUUCCCCAACAGAGAUUAGGAAGCAGUGUGAUGUCAGUGGGGAUUUUUUCAUAGAACAGCAUAAGUUAUCGGCCAUAUUUCGUUUUGAGUUUCAGUUUUAAUUAUUGUAACUCUUGUUCAGAUUGUCCAGUGUUAAUGUUAAAUAUGUGAGGCUUUUCAAACUUUCUGAGACUCGAUAAUAAGUACUGAUUUAUGUGAGUUUAUGCCAUUCCUUUUGCUA